AUGGCGCAGCAUGACUUUGCUCCAGCCUGGCUUAAUUUUCCUACUCCACCGUCAUCAACAAAGUCAUCACGGAACUUCGAUAGGAAUCCAGAAAAUUUUUUGUGGACAGAGAAUCGUUAUGAAGCAAAUCGCAGAAGAUACAACUCCUCAGAUGGGUUUGAUCCUAACAUUGGACGGUUUAAUGGAGGGUAUUUUGGGAGAAAAGAGAAGAAUGGUUGGCGUUCACAAGGCAGAAGUUACCCAGAAAGUAUGAACCACCGUGGGGGAUUCUAUGGCAGAGGUUCCCGUGCUCGUGCAAGCACUUUCCACUGUGGAAGAGGCCAAGGACUGCGUGAAAACAACGUACCUGAUAAUGAAACUGUGAGACGGGAAGACAAAGAAGUAUCCAGACACUUCAAGGCUGAGGAUUUUCCGUCUUUGAACCCUCAGUAUGAGAGGGAACCAAACCAGAAUAAAUCUUUAGCUGCAGGUGUAUGGGGUGUAUACUCAUCCACACAUACAUAUGUACACUUCUCUUUUUUUCCAGAGUAUCCUCUGAAUCCUAAAUCUAGAUCUCAGAGAAUGCUGGUCAUUAAAAAGGGCAGUGCAAAAGAACUGCAAAUAUCUGGAUUCCCAGUAGUAGGAGGUCUUCAUUCACAACCAGUAAGGAAUAGAACUGGCACAAGCUUUUAUAAAGGAUUAGUCCCUACACCUGUCGCUCCACCCACAAAGCCUACACAAUGGAAAAGCCAAGAAAAAGAAAUUAAAUUUGCGAAUCAAUUUCCUCACCAAUCUGCAUAUGGUGUUGGCAGUUUCAGUCCUUUCAGAUCUACUGCCAAGGCAUUUUCUGUAUCACAAAGUUCAGUGAAUGAGGUAAAUUGGUCAAAAUCUUCAUCCCCUGUUGACAAAGUUGGUCAGCCUCGUUUAACAAAAUUGACAAGAAUGCGGACUGAUAAGAAGAGUGAAUUUCUGAAAGCAUUGAAACAAGACAGAGUGGAAGAGGAACAUAAAGAUGAGAAUCAUGUUGGGCAAGAGAAGAGCGUUGAGUCCUUUAACUUGAAUAACAGCAACAGUCCUCAUCAUGAGAGAGAUAUAAACCAAAACUUUGAAAAUGAAAUUCCACAGGAGAAUGGCAGUGCUUCAGUUGCAUCUCAACAGCACAUUCAGUCUUCACCUUUCCCUCGGGCAGAUGUUCUUUCAAGCUCACUUGAGGCAGAGCAUAGGUUAUUAAAGGAGAUGGGCUGGCAGGAAGACAACGAAAAUGAUGAAUCAUAUGCCCCACUAACAGAGGAUGAAAUGAGAGAAUUCAGAGCGAUUAGAGAACAGCUACAAAAGAAUGGACUAAGAAGAAACGGCAUUUUGAAAAAUGGCCUCAUCUAUGGUUUUAAAUUUAGCCCCUGGAAAAACAGCACUUUCAAACCUGCUCUGGAUAAUGAGGACUCUGAGACGAGCAGUAGUGAUACAUCAGAUGAUGAUGAUGUGUGA